CCCUGCCCCCGUCCGUGUCGCCCGCGCCGCCGUCCGUCCGCACGAGGGCCACCUCGUGCCUACUUCCGAGCGUCGAGAUGGGAGGCCCAACCGCUCCGAUCUUCCCAGCGUCCAGCCCGACGACCUCCCGAGCAUCGCACCACAGGAAGCGCACGACGCGCCGAUGCCAUCCAAGCGCCUGUCCCCCGGCGCCAUGGGCGCCAUGGACGUGGCGGCCUCCUCCCCUUCGUCCUCUCCCAGAUCGCAGAAGCGCCCGUCCCCACCCCCAAGCUCCGCCUGGACCAUGGCCGCCAGGAGCCCAACCCUAGGUCCCGCGGGUCCCACGCGUGCUCCGACGAUGACGAGCUCUUCAGCACCGCCGUGGGCGCCUCGCCGUCGCGUGACCGUUCCAGCGAGUGCCAAGCUACACCACCCGCGUCAUCGGCUCCGCCUCGACGUCUACUUCCUCCUGGCACAAGGAAUCGAGACGGAUUCGACUACAGCGAGCGCAUGAUCUAGUCCUUUGUCUACGGCCGCCGCCGCUUCUCCGGUGAAAUUCCGACGGCUCGUCCUCGGGAAGCUCGUCAUCUUCCUCCUACGGAAUAUACGCAUGGGGAAGAGGAUGGCGGCAGCGAUGGGGUAGAUCCUACUGGAGAAGGCCGGCGACGACGAGCUGCACGGUUGACAAAGGAGCGACGACGCGGGAGUGCUCCGGGCAGCAGCGGUCUCGGGAGAGGGCUCUGGUGGCUUCGCAAAGGAGACACAGACGUCCAGGCGACAGUAUGGACGCUGGGGAGGCUUCGGUCGGGCGGGUGGGGAGCGGCGGCACACUGCCGGAAGCGGGGAAGACGACCUCGCGCGAGGCCAUGGGGCGCGCGCAGGGUUCAGGCGUUGUGGGUUAGGGUGCCGCACGACGUGGCGGGGUCGGGGAGGCCUAGAGGUCGACGAGAGUGGUCGGAGUCGGAUUAGGGAGUUGGCCGGAAAAAGGAGAGAGAGGAGGGCUCACGCAGGGGAUGGACAGGUGGACGAGAUGUCCAUGCUGGCGCCAUGGUGGCACCGACAGGUGGGCCCCUCGUGUCAGUUUUACCGUCAAAACACAAUCAUCUGCCAAGUCAGUGUGCGGGAGUACCUCCAGCCUCAAAACGGUGGUGAUUUGAAAAUAAACUAAAAAAAUGUGGUUUUCUUAAACAUGUGUCUCAAAUGUGGUGGUUUUAAGUAAUUUUCUCUUCUGAGUUGUUACCUGAUGGGUGGGCCCAGGCCUACGGGGAUAAGUCAAACCACCACGUGAACGGUGAGAGGGGAACAAACAAAUUUAGGACCUGCGAUGAACCACUUAAAAUAGUUUUAGGACUCAAACGUGCAAUUUCAAAGAUUUAGGACUAAGUUGACACCUUGACGAAAAAAAUUAGGACCACUAAUGUAUUUUACUCUAGUACAAAAGAUGCAUAUAAUAAUCCAACUAGAAGUAUUACAAACCAAGCAUGAACUGCAGUAAGUAACCAAACACUCCAUACCAUAUAAAAACGAGUAAAUAUCACAGAACCCAUGGUUUAGGACGAACCGUAUAAAGAACUCCACCUUUUGGUUUUCUUAUCACUUAAACCCGAUAAUUGGGCAAAAGUGUAUCACAGAACCCGUAAUCACGCUGUCAACGGCGCUAACACGGAAACUGACUCCGGGCCCCACCUGUCGGUCUCUGUUACUUGGACUGGCUUAACCGGUCGGUUUUUAGGCCGGUUCAGGCUGGUCGGGACCCAGGAGUGGCAUAAGUGUGCUCGGGACGGCGCGUUUGGGAAAAAUAUAUCCCGCUUUUCCCAUCUGUUCUCCCGUUCUUCCCCUCUGUUCUUCGUUGUUCCCGCAAGGAGAGAUGAAAUCCAAGGUGGCGGAUGAAGGCACGAAGAUGACGAACAGCAGUGAAGCAUCAUCUUCCCUGUCUGCAGUUCAGGACUUUGGCAAAAUCCCGAUGGACGUGGAUGAUAUCGAGUACUGCGGUUGGGAGAUGGAGUCUGUUUUGAGGUGCCGUUGUGGGCUGAUACCAGUUCGAAGGGUUGCUUUUGAAGGUUGUUUUACUGGUCGGCGUUUCAUCAGCUGCUGCAAUGAGGAUGAAACGAGAUGUGAUUUCAUCUCAUGUUAUGAUCCAGAAUGGCCUCCUACCAUGGAAAGGGCUUUGGAGAAGCUAUGGGGCAUGGGAGAAGCAAAAGAGAAGCAAGUUCAUGCCGAACUCAACUCACUGAUGAACAAGAUGCUUGAGGACAAGCUCACAGCUGAGAAGGUGAAGCUUGAUACUCAAUUUUUGAAGAUGGAAGCUGAGAAGGAGAAAGCAUUUCAGAAGCUUCCGGAGAUGCAGCAGUGGAUUCUGAUUGCACUUAGCUGCAACGUGACAUUAGUUGCAGUCUUGCCUUAUGUCAUUGCACUGAAUAUUAUCAUGUAGAUUAUGUAGUUAAUCGUUGAGCUGUGUUACUCUGUAAUGUGACAAUAAUGUUGCAGUUCAUGUGGUGGUUAUGUCAGAUAGAAAUGGCAUAAUUCAUGUAUUCAUCUAUGAUAUGACGCAAUGACUAUUUUCAGCUCAUUCUGUAACUUGUCGUGAUAAUGUGACACAUAUUGAUGAA